AUGCCCAACAUCACCCCGAUCCCUGAGCCGCCAGCACUUCCCUGGCUUGGACACAUUGCCGAGUUCAAAUCGGAGGAUUCAUUGCAAGAUCUGACGCGACUGCAUGAGAUCUAUGGCGACAUCUACAGAUUACGCUUCCCCGAGGGAAAGUCAUACAUCCUACUCGGCUCAAACAAACUCGUCAACGAAGUCUGCGACGAAACCCGCUUCCAAAAAUCCAUCAACAACGAACUCUGGGAAGUACGGAACCUCGCCAACGACGGCCUCUUCACAGCAAAACCCGGCGAGGAGAACUGGGGCAUCGCCCACCGCGUCCUGAUGCCUGCUUUCGGCCCUGUAAACAUCAGGGGCAUGUUUGACGAGAUGUACGAUAUCGCGACGCAGUUGGCUCUCAAGUGGGCGAGGCAUGGCCCUUCGCAGGCUAUUCUUGCUGCUGAUGAUUUUACGCGGUUGGCGUUUGAUACUAUUGCGCUUUGCAGUAUGGAUUUUCGGUUUAAUUCGUUUUAUCGCGAUAAGGCGCAUCCGUUCAUCAGCAGCAUGGGCGAUGUUCUUACAGAGUCUGGGAAACGGUUUCAGCGUCCUUCCGUGGCCAAGGUGUUUUACCGAGCUAUAACGAAAAAGUACUUUCAGGACAUCAAGAUGAUGCGGGAGGUUGCAGACGAAGUCGUGGCGGCUCGGAGAGCUAAUCCUGACAGUAAGAAGAAGGAUCUUUUGGCGGCCAUGAUGAACGGUGUUGACCCUAAGACGGGGAAGAAGAUGAAUGAUGUCAGUAUCACUGAUAACCUCAUCACCUUUUUGGUUGCUGGGCAUGAGACGACAUCUGGAACAUUGUCGUUCUUGUUUUACUCAUUGCUAAAGAACCCGGAUUGCUACCAAAAGGCUCAGAAGGAGGUGGAUGACAUUAUGGGCAAGGAGCCUAUUACCGCGGAAAAGAUCUUCAAGCUGAGAUAUAUCCCCGCUGCCCUUCGAGAAACACUCCGUGUCUGCUCCCCCAUCCCUGGCGUCGGGAUGGAAGCCCUCAAAGACACCCUCCUCGACUACAAAUACCCAAUCGCAAAAGGCGACGUCCUCAGCCCUUUUCUAACAGUCGCCCACCUCGACCCCCGAGUCUUUGGCGAAGACGCACACCUCUUCCGCCCCGAACGCAUGCUCGACGAAAACUUUGAGCGUCUGCAAAAAGAACAUCCAAACUGCUGGAAACCAUUCGGCAAUGGUGUGCGGGCGUGCAUCGGACGGCCGUUUGCGUGGCAGGAGAUGUUGCUUGCAGUUGCGCUUCUGUUGCAGAAUUUCAACAUUUCGAUGGAUGACCCAGGGUAUAAUCUUAGGAUUGCAGAGACUCUUACGGUUAAGCCGAAGGAUUUUUAUAUCAGGGCUUCGUUGAGGCAUGGGAUGUCGCCUUUGGAUUUGGAGCAUAAACUACGUGGGACGACGGCUGAGCCUGUUGCUGCGACUAAUGGUGCUGCCAAGGACGAAAAGCACCAGGUUCUGGAGUCUGAUGGGAAGAGAAUCAGCAUCUUUUAUGGCUCCAACAGUGGGACAUGCGAGUCCCUCGCCCAGCGUCUAGCAGCUGAUGCCUUCUCUCACGGCUUCACCGCAUCAUGCAUCGAAUCCCUCGACGUUGCCAAGGAGAACUUGCCCACCAACCAACCCGUCGUCAUAAUCACAUCCUCCUACGAAGGCCAACCACCAGAUAAUGCCGCACACUUUGUCUCCUGGCUCAAGAAUCUUGAAGGAAAACCUCUUGACAAAGUGUCUUAUGCCGUGUUUGGAGUUGGGCAUCGAGAGUGGUCUGCGACUUUCCACAAGGUUCCUAAGCUUGUCAACACUGAGCUUGAGGAUCACGGAGCUAAGCGAGUUGCUGAGAUUGGCCUCACGGAUACGUCGGAUAGGGAUCCGUUUACAGACUUUGAGACGUGGGAGGAUAAUAUCCUCUGGCCUGCUUUGCAGAAGGAGGGUCCUGAUUCAGAGCCCAAGUUUGCGAUACCACAGUCAGAUUUAUCUGUCUGCGUCUCUAUGCCUCGGAGCUCGACACUCCGUCAAGACGUCAACGAAGCAAUCGUAACUGCUACAAGAGACCUGAGCGGCCCAGGCGUUCCUCUCAAGAAACAUUUCGAGAUCGCACUCCCCAGCGAGGUUUCGUAUCGGGCAGGUGAUUACCUCUGCAUCUUGCCCAUCAACCCACGAGAAACCGUCUCUCGAGUAUUCAGGCAUUUUAAACUCUCAUGGGAUGCUGUGCUUACCAUCGAGGGAGAGAAGAGAGUUGCUCUUCCAAUGAGCCAGCCAACCUCUGCUUGGAACGUUCUCAGUGCUUACGUUGAAUUGGCGCAGCCGGCUACGAAGAGAAAUAUCCUGUCUCUGGCGGAGUACACUGCGGAUGGCGAGACUAAGCGGAGUCUUCAGGAUCUCGCUGGUGAGAAUUUACAAGAGGAAGUCACCAAGAAACGUGUCUCUGUCAUGGAUCUUCUUGAGCGAUUCCCCAAGAUUGAACUUCCUUUGGCUCCAUUCUUGACUAUGCUACCACCGAUGAGAAUUCGUCAAUACUCCAUCGCCUCUUCGCCCUUGAAGAGUCCCCACCACGUCUCAGUCACCUACUCCAUCCUCGAUGAGCCCUCCCUUUCGGGCCAAGGACGUCACAUCGGAGUAGCAACCAGCUACCUGUCAAAUCUCAGCACCAACGAUCUUGUCCACGUUGCCAUUCGUCCCUCUCACGUCGCAUUUCACCUUCCCCUCACACCCGAGACCACUCCUAUCAUCUGCGUCGCCGCUGGCGCGGGGGUUGGACCUUUCCGUGCUUUUAUUGAGGAACGAGCUCAGCAAAUGGCUGCUGGGAGAAAACUGGCACCUGCGCUGCUCUUCUUCGGUUGUCGUGGAAAGACAGACGAUCUCUACCGUGAAGAGUUUGACGCUUGGGAGAAGCAAGGUGCCGUGAUAGUUAAGCGAGCAUACUCCCGCGAGACUUCAGAGGAGACCAAAAAUUGCAAGUAUGUCCAGCAUAGAAUGGUGGAGGAGAAGCACGAAGUUGCUGAGCUUUGGGACCGAGGUGCGAAGCUCUACGUGUGCGGUAGCCGCGACAUGGGCAAGGCUGUUGAAGAGGCGUGCGUUGGACUGUUGCAGGAACUCAAUGAUAUGAGCGAGAAGGAGGCUAGGAUGUUUGUCGAGGAGGUUAGGAACCAGAGGUUUGCUACCGAUGUUUUUACCUAA